UGAGUGCACGGCGUGAUGGCCAGGCACAGAGGCUCUCGCAGGAAAAACAAGCCAGCAGCGGGUCAUGGCAACCAGAUCAAAAGUCAGGUGACCCGGAACGAAGACGAGACCGCUGCUCUAGACGAAAGUCAGACGGAUUCCGCUUUGAAGAGCAAGUCAACCGCAGGGAGCGGAAGCCAGAGCAAGGAGGAGGCCGGUUCAGAGGCCCCAUCGCCCUUGACAACCGGGAAGGGCAAGCGUCACGGAGACUUGAUCACUCGCGAGUUCCCAUCCAGUGAAAAGGGCUCGGAGCUUCUGCCUUCUAACUCAUCCCAUGACUCCGCUGUCUCCUGCUGCGACGGUGUGUCCUGCAGCUCGCCGUCGCUCGAGACGUGUUCUUCAGAGAGUGGCUGUGAGCUCCAUAACACCAAGAAAAUUGUCCGGUUUGAUUUUUCCUCCCACGACUCUGAAGAGACCGACGACGAUGUCUUUUCGGGAUGCCUUGGGCGCAAGAAUAUGAGGAGGAGGCGCCAGAGAAGGUACAAGAGGAAGAUGCUGAGACAAAAGCGAGAGCGUGCAGUGGAAGGAAUGGAGGGCCAGGCGAAACCUGAAUCUGAAGAAGCUGUAGAUGCCAGGAAGGAAGAAUCUGAAGGGGCAGGUGUGAGCGAGGAAGUGUCUGGAAAGGCUGAAACAAAUGAGAACAAGGAAAUGUCUGAAGCUGUAGACGUGAUCGAGGAAGUGUCUGGAGAGGCUGAAGUAAAUGUGAUCGAGAAAGCGUCUGAGGAUAAAGCAAAUGUGAGUGAGGAAGUGUCUGGACAGGCUGAAACAAAUGAGAACAAGGAAAUGUCUGAAGAGGCUGAAGAUGUAGGCGAAGAAGUCUCCGGGAAAGCUGAAGCAAACGAGGAAUUCCCUGGAGAGGCUGAAGUGAAUGUGAUCGAGGAAGUGUCUGAAGAUGAAGCAGGUGUGAGUGAGGAAUUGUCUGAAGAACCUGAAGAUGUGACCGAAGAAGUGUCUGGAGAAGAUGAAUCCAAUGCAAACGAGGAAGUGUCUGAAGAUGAAUCCGAUGCUAGCGAGGAAGUGUCUAAAGAUGAAUCCGAUGCUAGCGAGGAAGUGUCUGAAGAACCUGAAGAUGUGACCGAAGAAGUGUCUGGAGAAGAUGAAUCCGAUGCAAACGAGGAAGUGUCUGAAGAUGAAUCCGAUGCUAGCGAGGAAGUGUCUAAAGAUGAAUCAGAUGUGACCGAGGAAGUGUCUGAAGAAGCUGAAGAUGUGACCGAGCAAGUGUUUGGGAAAGCUGGACCAGAGGCAGCAGAGGAAGUACCUAGAAAAGCUGAAAUAAGUGUGAUCGAGGAAGUGUCUGAGGAAGAUGAUAGUGAGGAAGUGUCUGAAGAUGAAGAAGUGAAUCAGGAAGUGUCUGAAGGGGAAGAUGUGACCGAGGAACUGUUCGGGGAAGCUGUAGUACAGGUAAACGAGGUGUCUGAAGAUGAAGAAGUGAAUCCGGAAGUGUCUGAAGGCGAAGAUGUUACCGAGGAACUGUUCGGGGAAGCUGUAGUACAGGUAAAGGAGGAAGUGCCUGGAGUAGCUGGCGCGCAGGCAACCGAGGAAGUGCCUGGAACAGAGGCCGUCGAGGAAGUGAUUCAGUGCACGGCUACACCAGCUCUAAGCGGCGCGUCGAGGAUGCAAGAGUAUACCGUUCUUAUCAAUGACAACCUCCUGAGCUUGAACGGGCCUGCAGUGAAGGAGGUGAAGCACAUACUCGACUCUACAAAUGACGAUGACGUUGAUGCUGCACUCGCUGAGCUUGACAGUAUCCCAGACGAAGUGUGCGAAGCGGGCGACGUAGAGGAAGAGGACGAAGAGGAAGAGGAGUGGUCAUAUUACCGCAUGGAUCUCCAGACUCAACCUCAGGCUGAAGAUGUGUUGGUUCCUGGGUCAUCAGCUCCUCUGCAAGAUUCAGAGGUGAUGGACCAGGACCAUGGCAAAGUGUCUCCCUCUACAGCUGAAGACCAGCCACCACAAGAACAGGAGAGUGAAAAGAUACAGAUGUCCUUCCAACCAGAUCUUGAACAGCCUGUCACAAAAUCCCCAGAGCCAUUCCAGGCUGUUGAACAUUCUUUAGAACUAAGCAAGGAGAGCAACUUGAUGGAGUCUUCUAUUACUAAUGUGGGAGAGUAUCUAGAUAACACCGACCCUCCCUCCAGCCCCCCUGCUCCUGGGAGUCCCCGGUCAGUGGAAGGGUUUGUUACAUCAGUGGAGCUCAAUACUCCUGAGGAGAGUUUGGGAACAAACUUCCCCACAAGUCAUACUCAGGACUUGAAUGGCAGUGGAGUAGGGCAGCCAUCGGGACCCUUCAGUGUGUACGUGAGCUCCUCCCCAGAACCAGUGAGCCUAGAUCCUCUUCAGACUUCAGGUGACUUUAACAGUGUAUCUGACAUGGCAAAUGGACAAGUGGAGAAUGAAACUGAUCCAGCUAAGCCUGAAGAUUUUUCACCUGUUGAAAUAGUUCAUGCACAGUCUACAGUUGAAGUUCUUGCAUCACCUCAAAGUGAAAAAGAGAGUGAAGUUCCAUCUGAAAUGGAAAGUAAUCUAUUUGAUAUGGAAACAUCUAAAGUGCCUGUGAACCAGAUGUCAGAUCUUACUUUCAUCCCUGAACCUGUGGUAGAGCCAGUUGCAGAGGUGCCAGUUCCUGUGUUUAUUGAGGAAGGUACCCCAGUGUCAGAGGGAGAACCAGAAAUACCACAUGAAUUUUCAACAAAUGUACAACCAGCCACAGAAAUCAUUACUGCGGACCUGCUGUCCAAGGAAGAGGUGGAAGCUCAUGAAACUGAAACAUCAUUUAGGGUGGAGGAUACUCCAUCUCCAUUGUCUCCAGCCCCAGAAAGAGCACCUAUGUCUCCAGAAUCAAUGUCACCAAUCCUCGCCCCAGACUCUCCAUGUAUGAAACCUGAAGUAGUGUCCAGUCCAGAACCAGAACCUGCACCAGCACCAAUGUCCCCAGAGGUAGAGGUGGAAGAAUUCAAGCCCAUGGAGUCAUCCCCAAGGCCCACUUCUCCUGUGGCUGAACUGCAGGCACCAGAGUCGCCAUUCAAGGAAGUAGCACCAGUAUCAGAGUCCCCAGUUUUGCCAGCUUCACCAGAGCCAGCAUUCCUUCUCGAGGAACCUUCACCUGCACUGAAUUCCCAGGUCGAAGAGUCACCCAUGUCGCCAGUCGAGGAACCUGCACAAAUCCCAGUUUCUGCAGCAGCCAUAUCCCCGGACAUUAUUCAACCUGAACCUUCCCCAGCACCAGUCUCCCCCAUUAUGGAACCUGAGCCUGUCUCAGUUUCCCCAGCUGUGGAAUCUUCACCAGUACCUCCAGUCGCAGAAGUUUUGACACCUUCUCCAAUCCUUGUGCCAGAGCCCAGUGUUCUGGAACCAGAACCAGAACCAGAACCAGCACCUGUAGUUACCAAGGAGCCAGAACCAGAAGUUGAGGCACCAGUCGCAGAGAACAAAGACGAAAUUCUUAUUAACAAUGGUACUGUUGUCAUCCCUGUAGUUCCACAGGAAGAGGUAAAAACACCUGAACCUGAAGUUGUCAAAUCUCCAGCAAAGUCCACGAAAGCUGCUGCUGACAAGCCUGGAAAGCCUACAUCUGCCCGAUCAACACCAGGGAGAGCUAUGCCAGCAAAGACGACUCCAUCAGCAAGAACUGCCACAAAGCCUGCUGAAAAGAAACCAACACCACUCAGAUCAGUAUCGAAGCCUUCAUCCACCACCAGACCAGCAGCUGAGAAGACCACCCCAACCACCAGACCAACAGCAUCGAAAACCACUCCUACAAGACAGCCAGCAGCAGCCAAACCAGCAGCAAAGCCUCUACCAAAGACCACCACCACAAAACCAGCAACAGCUGCCCCCAAGCCUACAGAGAAGAAGGUUCCAAAGCCAGCCACACAAAUGGCACCCAGAGCUCCUCUUACUAAGCCAAGUACAGCUACAAGCAGGCCCACAACCACAAGACCUGCAACUGCUACUGCGAGGACAACUGCCACAACUACCACCACUGCAGCAAAGAGGCCAGUAAGUGCCCCUGCCAGGAAAGUGGAAAAAGCUGACAGCACCAAGGUGAAUGGAACAACUGCAAAGCCAGCUCCCCGACCAACACCCCGACCAGCCCCCACCUCUACUGUGACACGGAAGCCAUUGUCCAGCUCGGCAAAACCAGUUCCCGAGAAAGAGACUAAAAACACAACAAACCGAAUCCUCUCUACUACAGCGAAGUCCACCCAGAAAGCUUCUCCAGGGACAGCAAGAGCCCUUCCCAGUAAGACAGGACAGUCAACACUCACAAAGACAGCUCCAAGAGUGAAUGGAACCUCAACCACCACCACUACAGCCAAGGCCAGGGCAACAUCUGUCACCAAGUCUUCUACCACUACCACUAGAACAACAGGAGUUGGAACCAAGAAGACAAUGAUGACCAAAACUUCAGGUACCAAGACAAAGACAACCUCCGCAGCAGCCUCUGCCAAGGUUGAAAAGUCCGAGGUAACUGUAAGUUCAGUGGCCAAUGGCGAGAACAAGAUUGCUCAUGAGGAGACCAGUGUAGAAGUUAUUGAGAAGUGUGCUGCCGAAGAUAUUCUGCAGUGUUCCACCACAGAACAGGUGAUCAACACAGAACCCGUUGAAUUGAUAGUGAAUGGAGAUCACUGAGUCACUUGAUAGCCUGGGACUUUAUUCAUAACUGCAUUUUCAAUAUUAGGGUCCAAAAUGUAUCUGCAAGUAGUGGUGAUCCUAGUCUGGUGUCUGUUUUUAAAUAGUCAGGCUGAAAUGGGAGGGCAUGGAUGUAUUGCAUCCCUGCUAUGUAUAGGCACUUCAUUUCUAAUGGAAGGUAAUCCUGCUUUACUAAUAUGUACAGUGAAUGAUAUCUUUGUAAGAAUGAUUACCCAGUAUUGUAUGUUGCUUUCCACAAUUAUUUUACCAUUAGUCUCAUUCAUUUCUAGGUUCAAGUAAAAAUUAUUAUAGGUGCAUUCAUGUUCAUAAUUAGAGCUUAAGAUAAAACUAUAUGCUGUUUCAUGAUUUUCCUCACAACAGUGUUUGAUGACAUUCAUGCAGUAACAAGAAUACAGCUUUAAGUUGAAAUAAUGUUUGUAUUGUACAUAGUCUCGAGAUUGUGUGAGGUGCUAGUUCUGUGUUGCAUUCCGCUAUUUUCAUUGCUUGAAGAUUUUUUGUACUUGAAGCUUCCACCCAUCCAGGCUUGUAGUUACAAGUCCAGUAAAGGCACCAUUUUAUACUUAUAUGUCAUGUUAGUGGGAUACUGGAGUAAACAGUUAGAUGACUAAUAGGGAAUGUGGAUUUUUCUAGUGGAUAAAAGGCCAGAAAGAAAAUGAAAGCUUAAAAAAAAGUGCCUUUUCCCAUAUUUUCAUUCCAAGUCAUUGCUGAAACAAACCAAUGGAAUAUUCUUUUGCAUCUGUCCGUCUCAGGCGUCAUUUGUUUGAUUUUAAUUUUUUAGACUCCAAAUUCUCUGCAUUGCCCUAAAGGUUUAUAUCUUACUAAUUUGCUUCUUGUCACUAUGAUGUUAUUGAUAUCGCACAAGCCUGUGUAAAAUCUUAAUUAUUGUACUCAAUAAAGGUCAAUAUACCA